AGGGGAGGAAGCCCGGCCUUCGGCCCUUGCUGAUGAGGCCCGGGCCACGUUGGCCUUGGGGACUGUGCGGCCCUAGGGGCCUGAAAGGAAAGGCAGCGCGCGUAGGGAAGGGGUCUAGAAUUCUCGGGCGGUGAAACCAGGAUUCGGUCCCGGGCUCUGGCGGAGACCGGGGGAUCCAGGGGAGGCCGCAGCGGAAGCUCAGAGUUGGGCCUGCUUUGGCCUUCUGGGGCCGCGGCGCAGGUGGGACUCCUGCGUUCGCUCAGGGCCCGUUCCAGAGGCCAUUCCCCUCCCUUGGUGUUGCCUGCUGGGCCAUCCAAGUCUCUGGAACCCAACUCUGAGACCAGAGCGCGGGAAUCUGAGCCGAGCGGAGUCCCACGGGGCCCCAGGAUGGGGGAGGGCGUGUCUGAUGACUCGGUGCCUAAACAGGGAGGGGAGGAGAAGGCAGCGUGAGGUGGUCAGAAAAAAGGAUCUCCCUCCUGCAACCCUAACUUUUGCAAGAUACUUUUUCCUCCCCGACUACUACUCCAGACUACAAGGCUAAAUUUUGCCACAGAUUUUACUCCACCCCCACCCCUAGUUUAUGCCUGUGGGUUUUUUCCCUCACGCACAGUACUCUCCUCCGCGUGGACCCGGGGACCCAGACACCUAUGUCAGCUGGUUUUUGCUGUUUUCCUCACUCCUCGGGGUAGCCAACUUUGGGCUGCGUUUGCCUAUCCAAAGAAAGUUUCUUCAGCUAAAUUUUCUCUUUAACCCUCCUUCCCAGGCCUCCUAAACUUAGCUGUACACCUAUUUUCUCCCCCACUCUCUGGAGGCCCUCACCAUGGAACUUGUAGCCCCCACAUUUCCACAGGUCCCUGGGCCUCUUGGCCUAACUUUGCCCCUAACUUUCUUAGCCCGCACUCCCCUUACUAUUCUUUCUGUUCCUGAUUUUUCUCUCGAAUUCUCCUGCUCUCACGAGCCAAAAACAAACAAAAACCCCUCCAGCCCAACCGGUUGAACUCUAUGCCUUGGUAUCUCUCUCCUUCUCUUUACCCUUCCACGUAUCUGGACAUUUCGCCUCGGGUUUUCCUGUUUUGCUCUAGGCAUCAAUCUACCGGAUCAAUCAAAAUUUUCUCUCUAAUCCGACUCCCAUCAAACAAAUAUUUCUCUUUACUCGCCUAACCCCAAUUAAACUAAACUUUAGGCAGAUAAUAUUUUCUUUUUCAAAUCCUCGUUACAUCCAUCUGAACCAGUGACUUUCAACCUUUGUUUAAAAAAUGUUUUUUUCCCCAUCGGAACUGCUGAUUCAAACGAAAUCGUACACCCAACGCGUAAAUCAGGUCCUGACAUGGAGCUGCGCUCGGAACUGCCCAGCGUGCCCAGCGCAGCGACGGCGGCGGCGACAGCGACGGGGCCGCCCGUGGCGUCUGUGGCGUCGGUGGCAGCUGCAGCCGCAGCGGCCGCCUCGCUACCGGUGAGCGUGGCGGGCGGCUUGUUACGGGCGCCGCCGCUAUUGUUGCGGGCGGCGGAGAAGUACCCGCGGACCCCCAAGUGCGCGCGCUGCCGCAACCACGGCGUUGUGUCGGCGCUCAAGGGCCACAAACGCUACUGCCGCUGGAAGGACUGCCUGUGCGCCAAGUGCACGCUUAUCGCCGAGCGCCAGCGCGUCAUGGCGGCGCAGGUGGCGCUGCGCAGGCAACAGGCGCAGGAAGAGAACGAGGCGCGCGAGCUACAGCUGCUGUACGGCACUGCUGAGGGUCUGGCUCUGGCCGCUGCCAACGGUAUCAUCCCGCCGCGACCCGCCUACGAGGUCUUCGGCUCUGUGUGCGCCGCCGACGGCGGGGGGCCAGGAGCCGCAGCGCCAGUGGUGACCGGCGGCGGCGCAGCGGGCGCCGGGAGCUCAGAGGCCAAGUUACAGAAGUUUGACCUGUUCCCCAAGACACUGCUACAGGCAGGCCGCCCGGGCAGCCCACCGCCGCCACCCGGGAAGCCCUUAUCACCAGACGGUGCAGACUCGGGUCCCGGGACAUCGUCUCCGGACGUGCGGCCGGGCUCGGGCUCCGAGAACGGCGAUGGCGAGUCCUUUUCGGGGUCACCCCUGGCCCGGGCCUCCAAGGAGGCAGGUGGCAGCUGCCCGGGCAGCGCUGGCCCCGGAGGCGGCGGCGAAGAGGACAGUCCGGGCUCCGCCAGCCCUCUGGGCUCGGAAUCCGGUUCGGAGGCCGACAAAGAAGAGGCAGAGGCUGCGCCCGCGUCAGUGCUGGGCGGGGGCCCGGGUCCACGGCAGCGGACGCCGCUGGACAUCUUGACGCGCGUCUUCCCGGGCCACCGGCGAGGCGUCCUGGAGCUGGUGUUGCAGGGCUGCGGUGGCGACGUAGUGCAAGCCAUCGAGCAAGUGCUGAACCACCACCGUGGGGGCCUGGUGGCCGGCCUCGGCCCCGCCGCGCCCCCUGAUAAGGCCGCGGUGGGUGCCGUAGCAGCUGCGGAGGACGGGUGGCCAGGCCGCGUCGACGCCGCCGCUGCGGGAGGACCCGGGCUGCCCGCGCCGCUGCAGCCGGGCCCCGCUGCACCUCCGCACCACAGACCUUUGCUGGCCGGCGCCAUGGCUCCCGGGGCGCUGGGCUCGCUGAGCAGCCGCUCGGCCUUCUCUCCUCUGCAGCCCAACGCCAGUCACUUCGGCGCCGACGCAGGUGCUUACCCGCUGGGUGCGCCUCUCGGCCUCAGCCCCCUGCGCCUGGCCUACUCCGCGGCGGCGGCGCACAGCCGCGGCCUGGCCUUCAUGGCUCCUUACUCCACGGCCGGCCUGGUGCCCACACUCGGCUUCCGCCCUCCCAUGGACUACGCCUUCAGUGAUCUCAUGCGCGACCGCUCGGCUGCCGCCGCUGCUGUGCACAAGGAGCCGACCUACGGCGGCGGCCUGUACGGCCCUAUGGUCAAUGGCGCCCCUGAAAAGCAGUAGGGUAAGGGCCCUGGCAGCCGGGCGGCCCCCAAACUGGGACCCAGCCUUGUCCCCGCGGGCCGCCGGCCCCUCUUCGCCCGGUGUGCUCUCUGCGCUCUGACCCAGGGGUGGCCCUCUCCGCUCCAAGGUGGUUUUCAGUUUUGUUUUGAAGGGUGGGUGGGGAGAGCUGAGCAAAGGGGAGCAGCUACAGAGGCAGAUCUUCUCAGAGGAGGUGCGCGGCCCGGAUCCUCUCUCCCCUCUCCAAGGUGCAUCCCCUCUCCAAGGCUUCCCAGCUCUUCCAAAGGCGACAAAUCUGAAUUCAGAGGCUGCGGCCGCCGUGCACGCCCCUGCCUCUCAUUUAGCUACACCCAUCCUGCCCGCCAGUCUGCGCGCUCAAAUGGAUGGCAGGAUAGUCCGCGAGUCUGUCUUCUGUGUCUCCCCCUCCGUUUAAGAAUUUUAAAUAUGCGCUCUAACAAAUAUAAAUUUAGGAUGUAUAAAUCUCUUGGCACUGAGUCGAGUCUUUGGGACACAUAUAUAUCGAUAUCAAUUGUACAAAAAAAGGAAACAAGUUCUAAGGUGCACUUUCCUCGUUUCGGUAUUUGUCGCUCUCUUUGUUGCUUAUGCCGAUAAGCAUGGGUUUCCUUGGUGCAGUGUGAGUUUUUAUACAUGUAUAAAUCUAUAUGUAAUUAUACAUAUAUAUACAAGCCAGUGUAUAAUGUUAUAAAAUGGAAUUCUAAGUUAUUAAUUGUAAUCUGUAGGUGACCUCGGUAUUAACGUGAAGAAUAUUCAAAAACAAGCAAAAAAAACGGACAAAAUGGAAAAAAAAUUAGACUAUGCGCGAAUUGUACUUAUCAGGUUUUAUAGAUUAAAUAUAUUGUAAACUCGGGACGAAUACUGCACACCCGCCCCUCUGCCUGGGCCGGUCUCUCCCUAAGGAGCCGUCAAGAUGCGAAUUGAAGCAGAAACAGAGCGACGUGUGACUGAGCCAGACCCGUCUGCCCGAAGGCCCAUCCCGGUCUCCUUGGACUCGCCAAACGCCCUAGGGCCGGCGGCGGGGAACGCUGCUGCAGAGAAUGGCUCACUUUGUGCUUUUCUUUGCAUAGACAUGAGCUAGAAAUAAAUGUUAUUUUCUAAGAAAACAACACUGAAUCCCGUCCCGCUCCUCGGGCGGCCGGAUUGAAAAGGUCUUGAUUUCCCACUCGGGCAGCGGUGCCAGGGAGAAACUUGACCGAAGUCCGGCUGGUGCUCGGACCCUCGGAGGUGCGGGGCGAGGAAGGGCCUCGGGGAGCGAUGCCGGACGGAUGAGAACUCCGGGAGGAGCGGCGCCCGCUGCGCUUCGCAGACCCGGGUCCCUCCCACUCCCGGCUUGGGCGCGCGGGCUGCGGCAGGGUGGCCUCGCCAGUGUCCUCGGUCCCUGGAUCGCGAGCCUUCCCCGAAUCCUGCGAGGCUCGCAGCAGGUUCCAGUUCUCCCCGGGGCUCACAUUUGGGCGCAGCUUGGGUCUCCCACUGCGCGCCUCCCUUCUCAGAGAGGUUUGGCACCAAGGACGGCGGAAGUAGCAGCUGGGGAGGGAAGACUGCGACCGUUCUCCCACAGAGAGUUAUUUUCGGGUGUUACUGGGAGUUCUUUUGGGGGUGGUGGGGUGCUGCUCUCACCUGAGGCAGUGUAAUCCGAGAGUGGAGGUGAGGACGCGCCUUCCAGCGAGACCUCACUUUGCACCCCUUUUACUUUCCCUCCUUACGCGGAUCUGAGCAAAUGAGGGGAUCCCGGGCCGACCCUCUACUCAGGCGGUCAUCCUGCUCCCGACAGGGUGACUCCCCCUCUUCGGAAAACAGGGUGCCCCCUCCCCUAAGCUGGCCCCGGCGACUUCCCAAGGUAAACUUCUGGGGCCGGCUCGAGUUCCGCCAGGCGGUGAA